AUGGAGGCGCAGGCUCGAGCGUUGGAGGAGGAAGUGCAGCAGCUGGGCGCGCAGGAACCGACGAAACACACGGCAGUGAUGAAGCAGAGACUGUACACUCGCGUGGGUCAGUUUCUCAUGGGCAGUCUGAACAUGCAGCACUGGUGGUGCGAUCAUUCGUCGCUCAUGGUGUUCAUGAUGCGCGUGCUGGAGCUCUACCCGGCGUCCGAGAGCGUCUGUGCCUUUUACAAGAAGAUGGAGCAGCAACUGCGUCAUUGUUGUCGAUGCGUAGACACUUACCACGCAGCUCUACCGAGCGUCCGUGUGGAGCUGGAGUUCGAGUUCACGCCCGAAUCGAUCGCGUCUUUUUUCGUCAAAUUACAAGCGCUAGAUGCCGAUCGGGUGCAGCGGCAGUUGGCGGACGCGUUCACGGGGUUGGUCAAGGCCUCGCCGGAAAAGCAGGAAAUUAUGGCAAACACGCUGUAUGAAGUGCUUCAUCACCGGCGUCUGCUGUCAGACUUCCGUAUUGUACGAGUGUUGUCGAGGUGGGUCUGUUCUCCGUUCGCAGAUGUGAAAGCGAAUUCGUAUCUGGAAAGCUUGCGUGGUUGCGCUGGGCUGUAUCAGUUACUGGUAUCGCCAGACUCUGCACUUAGAGAGUGGGCCCAAAAUAUGGUGCAACACUUUGGCUCGAUCCAGCUGCGUGGCGAUCGCGUGGAAGACCGGUAUUUACUCGAAGUGCUGGAUGAGUGGAUGUACGUACUGGAAAAUGAAGCAUUCAACAAAUCUAUGUUGUUGCUCGAUUUUAAAACAAAAGAGGAGAUUCAAGAUUUCUUGGAGCCAACAAAUUGCGUGAAGACUCCGACCAAGCCAAUGUUGUGGUCUGCACUUGAUACCGUAAUGCAGCAAAUGGACCUUGACAGCUUAGAAGCGAUGCUGGUUUCGUUUGAUACGAUCCCCGAUGUAGUUUUUAACUAUUUACAGGAUGCAGACCCUGCAGGAGACCAGACGCUCACCUUGGUGGUCUCCAAGUGUUUUGCAGUUCUCUUACGCUGUCUUGGGCACCGGUUCUGGGAUCACAGCGUCAAUUCGCCGAAAGUUGUGCUGGAUGUAAUAAUGCAGCAUUGCCGUCUCAUGUCGUGGCGCGUGUAUGUCACGAAACAGUUUAUUGAGCUUCUGCCACCGCUUCUUGUGACUAUACGACCGUCUCAAAUCGUCAGCCAAUCGUCCAAUCAAGAAAAAUACGACGAGCUUGAUUUUUAUUUGGAGACACGCAAGAAUAUGAUGCAGUUCCUGAUUGUCGAGGAUCUUCGACCGAAGCAUUACGAUGCUGUUGCCAUAGUGGCGACAUCAAGGGCAGCUUUUACAAUUUUGCACGACUGUUACGAACACCGUAUGCCUGGUUCUGUUAAAAGCAAUCGGGAGAGUGGGCGAGAUGAAGGCGCGCUGUCCGAAUCAAUUUCUGUCGACUACUCGAUUUCUGAAAGCGCUUUUUGGUGGCCAUGCAGCUCUGAGUCUGGUGAUGUUACAAACAGGAUACUGGGAAAGCUAUGGAUGAACCAUUUAUUUGAUAUUGUUAUCAAACCUAACAAUGUGGAGUCGCUGGUUGACUUGGCUGCGGAGACUACCGCUCUCAUUCUAAGUAAACAUUUGCAGCUCGCUCGUGAUGCUGUGUAUUCACUGAUAUCUUUGAGCGAUGUGGGAGAUUUGGGAUCGAGUGUAGCGAUGACAAAGAUAAAGCCCAUUAUAACCGAUUUGCUGGAAAAACUGUGCUCGUGGGGUACAGUCACAACGAUACCGCUUCAGGUGCAUGGAGCGCUGUUCGAGUCAAUAGGAGGAAUUGCUGAGUUGUUAAACAGUGCCGUUGCUCAAACUAACAUCAGUGACCAGCUCAGACAUCUUACAACAACUCUCCAGAAAUACGAGAAAUGUACCCAACAAUAUCUGCAGUGCAUGUGUAAUGAAGUGCUACUGAAAGGCCUGGCCAAUCCGUUUGGGUUUCCUGUUGUGGCACAGCACAUCAGUGCCUGUUAUCUGAGUCCGACAAACAGCGUCGACCAGAUGCUGAAAAGGUUGAUUUGCCACCAUGCUGUUGGCAAAAAUCGUCCAGCGCAAGUAAUUUCUCCUUUGGAGGCUGUUCUCGUUUCUGUUCAUCGAAAUGCUGAAGCGUUUUUACGUGGUCAGCUUUCUAUGCUUCAACCCAUGCGGCUCUAUGGUUUCUCGCAGGCAGUCUGUUUACCCGCCACAAAGAAGCUUAUUUUCGUGUGGUCACGCAUAUUUGAUAUGCUGAGCAACCACCUGGAGAGCGUUUUUAAAAAAGCGGUGGGUGGAAAAGCUAGGACUACAUCCUCGCACCAGGUCACCGAUGUUGGCAUCGCAGCAGCGCACCUGCUGAAACUUCCGAAUUUGAUCAAUGACUUUUUGAUCGCUAUGCUGACAAAUUUGUUUGGCUCCAAAGCAAAACCUACCAUAGAAGUCACAGAAACUAUUCGCGUGCAAUGUCUCGACUUCGGAAUAUCAUUCUGGAAGUUCUAUUCAUCAGUGUCAAAGGGCUUAAGUGCAUCUUACAAACGUGUGGUGGGGCUGAUAACUCCAUUGGUUGAGUGUAUAGCUAGGGGGUCGGCGUCUGAGAAUAAGCGGGCCGCUCAGUUGUUAAUGACAGUGAUGGGUUGCCUUCUGGAAGCAAAUACUCAUCUGGACGAAGUUACACUAAAUAUGAUUGACAGCAUAAAGGGCGAGGCAGCGUUGAUUGAAUCUAAAACGUCUACGGACUUUGGUCGCAUGACGAAAAAGUUUCGGCAACUAGAUCAAAACUCGCGGUUUUUCACGAAGCGCUUGACGGCAUCGAGUAUUGGGCAAAGCCUUGAGGAAAUGACUUCUCGGUCCACGUCUAAGAUAUUAUCGCGGGCUAAAUCUUCUGCGGUAUCAAACCAAGCGGCAGCUCGAAAACAGCAUAGUUUUUAUUCUGAAGAAGAGUACCACACCGCUUCAAAGAAGGCAUCUACCGUUGUGGGGCAGGCAUCAAAUUCAAAGUCUGCGUUUGAUAUGGCCCAAGUCAUAAAAGGGAUUUCACAUUCACACCCAAGCUAUUCCAGCAAGGCGAUUCAGUCCGAACAACCAAAGAAACAGGUUGACAAAGGUGUCGUUGAAAAUAUGGAAGAGGAGGAGAAAGAAGAGGAUGUUGAUCUACGUUUUGCGGCACUUUUCCAUCGAAUUAAAGCUACACGAAAACCAAUAGCAACUUGCUCGCUGCUACCAUUUUACCGGCAGCUACUUCAAGUUUGCAUGCCUGUUCUUUUAUCCGGCGAGUUUCAAAAUGGACAAUCUGAUAAAGAGCUAGAAGCUCCUGGGUUGAGUUUCAAGAAGAAUGCCGACUAUGUCCGAGCCUUUCUGCCGCUGAUGCUAGAAGAGUGCAACAACGAAGUUCAGGAAGGACUCCGAAAGUGUUGUUAUGGGAAUCGUGGUCACCUUUUGCGCUAUGAGUCCGAAAAGCCGCGAGAAGGCAUGCGCUGCAUAAGUUUCAGCACUGUCCAGAAGGACGAGGAGCUUCUUUCUAGCUCUCAGGCAAAGUUUGGCGGCAAAAGGCGUCCGAGGAGUGGCUUCAAUGAGAAGUUAUUUCGUAAUGGUGAUGUGGUGCUUUUGCGAAUCUCAGCGGGGAGCCAGAACCAAGGUGGUUUUAUGGGAAAACGAGAGUUUUUGGGUGUUAUUUCGAUCAGUGAGACGGAAAGGGGGCGGAGACAAACAUCAUCGACAAAGAAGAAUAGCAAGGACAAAGAUGAGGAAUCUGUAACGGUGCUUUUUCUGAACGACGGCGAGCUGGAUAACGCUACCGCAAGUGUACGUUCGUUCGCGACUGAAAUAUUGGCAGCCAGUGCGAUCGCUGACACAGAGUGGAAGGUGAGUCCACUCUGUAAUUUGGUAACAUCAGCGCGCGAGUACAUCGCGCUCCGAUCCGUAGACAUGCUUCCUGAGCAUCUGAGAACGGCUAUAUUGACCCCAGAAGUUUACAAGUCUACACAAUCGGAGCUCAUUACCAUCACGUCGGUACUGACUGAUUUGCGAUUAAAGAAUUCGCGCGACAGCCGGUCCGCUAUUGUAAAGAUUUUGAAGCGCUUGGACAGGAUUGACGUGAUGCUGCCUGAUUUACGGUCUACAAGUAUAGGUAAAGCUGUGAACAAGCUACGCAAGCACGAUGACGCAGAAGUCAAGAUUCUUUCUGGAAAGUUGAAAGAAAAGUGGACGAGACUUAUGGAUACGAAUGAUGCUAGGGAGCGUGCUCCUCGCUUCCUUUCGCCCGCUCUUUGGGAGGCAAUCAAGCUUCAGUACAACUCGUCCCAGUUGCAGUCCAUUCACACCGUGCUAAAUAACUACAGCAUGGGCGUAUCUCUGCUUCAAGGGCCUCCGGGGACAGGUAAGACGAAAACAAUUAUGGGCCUCCUGAGUGGAUUGCUUUCGUUGCGACUGCCAGCUACUGCAGUCAUGCCAACGAUAAGCUCAGGAAGCAGUUCGGGCGACGGUAGCAAAGGCGAAUUUAGCAAUUUUAAGGCUGCGCGAUCUCGCGGCGUGAAUGCUGGGUUGCCAAGCGGACCCACAUCGACUCGACCGACAGCGCCGACUUUCCUCUUGAGUGGGAUUACAUCUGCGCUUGGAAGUGUUCUCCGUCGUUCCCCCGACUCCUUGGCAUCUGGCCCGAGUCGAACGACCAUUCAGUCGCUUAAAAAUGGUGGCGCAUCGCGUAGUCGUUUGGAAACUAAGCUGUCAUCUCGUACGACCCAUCCAGUGCCGCAUUCCAAUCUGGUGGUAAAGCGCCGGGUUAUAUUGAGAGCCAUAUCUGAGCAUCUGACGGGUCGGACAAACAACGUACUACUUUGUGCACCAUCCAACGGUGCCGUAAACGAGUUGGUGUUGCGGAUCGUUACAGACGGGCUAAUGGAUAGCACGGGGAACGUAACGAAAGUUCGAGCGCCGAGUGUACAUCAUGAAGCAUUGUCAGAUGAACGAAUCUCUAUCGUGCGCCUCGGAAAUGCAGGCGAAGAUGCGUCAGAUGUUGUUGAUUCUGUAUGCUUGCCACAUAUCAUCCGGCGCGAAAUGGCAAUUCAUCCAAAAGCAAUGGAACUAGAUUCACUCCACGAAAGACAGCGGCACUUGCGAAGUUCUAUUCGCGAUUUUCACAACAAAGCAGAAGAUCGGGACGGCCCUAAGAAAGAUCGGAAGGCGCUGGCCAAGAUGCAUCAACAACUGACGGGAUGCUCAGGUAAGAUCCGACGCUUGCGAGAUGAAGUGACUGCAAUUCGGGCCAAAAUGACGGAAAGCAUCUUGUCCAAGGCAAGCAUUAUAGCUUGUACACUGUCAAAGGCAGGUAGUGGUGAUUUUUUGGGAUUGAAGCAUGGCUUUGAUGCCCUCAUCAUCGAUGAAGCCGCCCAGGCAGUCGAGCUAAGUACGCUUGUGCCGAUUCGGGAGCGUGUAGCUCGUGUCGUGCUGGUGGGCGAUCCGAAACAGCUUCCUGCUACAGUGAAAAGCGUUGUCGCGGCGAAGGCACGAUACGACCGGUCAUUGUUUGAAAGGAUAGCUGAGAGUGGGGUCGCGCCAUCGAUGCUUCGUGUGCAAUAUCGCAUGCAUCCGUUUUUACGGGACUUCCCUUCCGAGAGGUUUUACGGAGGGAUGUUGACAGAUGGACCCAGUGUUAUGGAGCGAGUUCAGAAGGUCUGCUCUGGCGUGUAUGCGCACACAAGCUUUCAGCCUUUCUUGUUGUAUGAUGUUAACAAUUCGCGGGAAGAAGACAUGAACGGGUCAAAGUACAAUCGCAUUGAAGCUGCAUUUUGCGUUAGUCUGUGCCACAACAUGUUUAAAACAUGUGCUGACGUACGUAACAACAAGUGGAGUGUCGGGUUUGUGUCACCGUACAAGGAACAAGUACGCGUCCUUCGGCAAGAAAUCACACGCUCAGGAAUCCCGGCAAGCGUACCGAUUGAGGUAAAUACAGUGGACGGGUUUCAGGGUCGGGAGAAAGACGUGAUUGUGUUUUCAUGCGUACGCUCAUCUCGGUCUGGGGGUAUUGGUUUCUUGCGCGACGUCCGCCGACUGAAUGUGGCAAUUACGCGGGCACGCUAUUGCCUGUACGUUAUUGGAAACGUUAGCACCCUAAUGCGCGAUGAGACGUGGGCUGCUCUAAUCAAGAGCGCUCGAGACCGUAAACUUAUUAUUCGCACGGAGGGAGAGGAUUUUCCUCGCGUGGUGGAGAGGCUAGCGGAAGAUAACUGCCGUGGGCUGGCUGAACAUUACAAGUCGAUGCACGCGAAAGUGGCUUUGAAGUCUAUUUCCACCGUGAAACCUGCGAAGUCGAUUGGAAAUAAACCUGCCGAGGCCACAGUGUCAAAGUUUGGCUUGGCCGCGACACCGAAAGACGCGGAAGCAAGUGAUGUCAAUAUGAGCGAGGAUGAAGUGCCGUGUGGGUCGACAAAUAACAGCAAAGGGACUGAAACGGACGAGGCGUCCAAAAGUGACAGACCGUAUACGGACUCUGCUUCAAGAGAACCAUGUCUGCAGCUUUCAUGCACUCAAAAAAAAAGUCAUCAUGAAGUGAGACAACCUGUCGACAGUCUAAAAAGAUCUGUAGAAGAGUCGUUAACUGCAGAAAGUGCGAAGAAGGCCCGCAUAUCCGAAGUGGCAGUGCCUUCUGGGGCAGACAUGACUGACCGAUAUGAGAUUCGACGCUGUCGUGAUCGGAGCAAGCCGAUGGAAACGGAUUCGCAUCAGCGUCAUGCGAACCGCUCUGAUGAGGGAGCUGCUGGCCAGACAAGGAUUGGAUGCGCGGACCUUUCGAGAAGGGAAGUUCGAGGUAAAGAGCCUCGCAGGCUGUCGGACUACCGAGAGUCAUCUGAACUAAAGCGAGGCGAGAGAAGGGGAGAGGUGGCCCGGCCAAACGACCGGUACCGUCGAGAGAUUCGUCGUGGUCACGAUAGUCGGGACCAACCCGCUCGUGUAGAAUCGAGCCAUACGUCUCGACCGCCGUUUGCUUCGCUCGGAAGUGAACUACCGCAGUCGAUUUCUGAGAAGGAAUUUUGCCAAGUGAAUCAGUCUCGCUCUCUGUCAAGGGCAAACUCUUCACAUUCGAUGACCUCAAAGGCGAGAGAAAGACGGCCGUAUCGAGAGUCUUCUUGUCCUCCAGUGCACCCCGACCAUCGCGAUCGUGCCCAAUCAUCCCGGCAACAUGACAAUCAUGCAAUGUCAGGCAGGAGCAGCUAUCGGAACAAGUCAAGCAACAAUAAAACCCACAGCAGCACUGCACGGACUUCUUCCAGUAGAAGUACAAACGUGCUGGGCAAUAUUCUCGGCAGCGCUUCGAAGCUAGCAAACGCGACUUCGCGCGUGAAAGUGAAGACAAAUUUGCACUGCUCUGAGAUUCCGUAG